CAUUCACAACUGAAAAAAUAAUUUGACUCCCUUUGAUUCUAUUUUUUGGAAAUCAGCACAAGACCGAAAAAUUAUUAGAAUAAUUGUUUGAUAAACAUGUAUUUUAAAAAGACCGCCAUAGAUAAAAUAUUUAGUAGGCGGUGCUAAAACACUUUAGUCACUGGUUUGUACAUAAGUUACCUUUAUGUAUGUUGCACCAGCGCAAUGGACAGUUUGAAUUUAACGGACGCUUCAAAGCUAGAAAAAGACUCAAAUUAUACGAAAAUUGUUCAUAAACGUCGGUCUUCUAUUUUCCACACCCAUGUAACUUCAUCUGAUGAAUGUAAAGGUACUUUAUUUACGGAAAAUGAAAAGUCUGCCCGUAUCCAAGAUGCAGCGGAAUGUGCACAUACAACAGCAGAAGAACCCUUUAAUUUAGACAAGUAUAUAAUUAAUCUGAAAAAUGAGAGAAAAGAAUGGAUAGAAACUUUGAAGCAAAGAAAGGCUCAACGGAAAAUUCUGACAAAGCAAAAGUUAUGCAUAGAAAAUCAAGGACAAGUUGUAGAUUUGAAUGUUUUAACAGAGUCUGAAAGAGCUUUUGUUAUGGCUCGACCGAACUUUCAAGAAAUUUGUAAAAAUCACAAAAAAAUAUCAGAUGUGACUUUAAAAGUAUCAGAAUUACGUAGUAUCGUCCAUAAAUUAAACGAAAAAUUUAUUUUGCAAAUGGAAGAAAGAUUGCAGAAGCUUACAGACAAAAUUAUUGAAAUAUCAGAAUGAUAAGUCUGAAUAUCGUACUGUAUGAAAAUAUUUUUUAAGGUAAAGUUAAUUAUUUCUAUUCUUUAAGUUUAUUAUUGCUGAUUAUAGUUAUUAUUAAAACAGAUUUUUGA